AAGCUGGUGACGGGCAACAUUCUGGAAGGGGAUGGGCUGCUCAUCGUUGAUUCCAACACGAUCAUGUCGCAUCAGAAAGAAGGGGUCAAUCCCCUAAGACCGUACUACAUUCCUCCCAGCAUUGGCGAAGAGCCGGUUCCAGCACAACCAGGACCACAUGCUUUUGCCCAGGUUCGGGGCAAUGCGACAGGGAAGUACGCGUCCAAGGCGCGCGACAUCUUCUCCGACAUGGACUACAAGGACUAUCUUUCCGAGCCGUCCCCCUCGGCCAUCCAGACGGUGAGAGACCUGAUCGACGAGCUGCUCUGGAAGUACACAUCAGCCCUGCUAGCCCAACCUUUCGAAGUCGCCAAGACAAUUCUCCAAGUCCGGAGUCAGCAUGACUUGGGAACCCUCGAUGGAGUGACACCAUUCGAGGACGCGAAGCAGAGACAGCUAGGUCGGAGGACAUCCAUAUACGACGAUCUCCCCGACUCGGAUUCCGACCCGGAUGAGCCGGCCUACUUCACCUCGAACCUUCCUGCCACCCCCACACCGUCUUACCCCCGAUCGCAGAGGCAAGGGCAGGCGAGCCCAUUGCCGUCGCCACGGGCGGCGGCAAACCAAGUGAUACCGGCCCAUCAGCUUGUGCUUCGCAGGCCGGAUUCGAUCCUCGAAGUCGUAUCGCAGCUCUGGCAGAAGGAGGGUGGAUGGGGGGUGUGGAAGGGCUCAAAUGCCACGUUUAUCUACAACGUGCUGCAGUCGCUGCUUGAGAACUGGUCGCGUAGCCUCCUCAGCGCCCUGUUCAAUGUGCCCGAUCUGGGAGUUAAGGAUGAUCUGGAUCGGCUCAUCGACAUCGCGUCGCCCUACCCCUGGGCAUCGCUCUUCGUCGCUGCGGCUGCAGCAGUCGCAACGGGCUUAAUCCUCUCCCCGCUGGAUCUCGUCCGCACUCGUCUGAUCGUGACCCCAACCUCCCGCCCGUCACGACGCUUGUUCUCCACUCUCCGCAGCCUUCCAUCCUACUUCUGUCCCUCGGCCCUCUUCCUCCCGACGGUCCUGCACUCUCUCAUACACCCCAUCCUCACGUUCUCGACCCCCCUAGUCCUCCGCACUCGCUUCAUGAUCGACCGCGAGCUCUCGCCCAUGACCUUCUCCAUUGCCAAGUUCUGCUCCUCCUCCGCCGCCCUCUUCGUCAAGCUCCCGCUCGAGACCGUCCUCCGGCGCGGCCAGGUUGCCGUCCUCGGUUCGGCUCCCUAUGCCCUUCUCGCCGAUCCAAGUGCUGCCACCAGGGGCAGGCGCCUGGGCGGCGGCGAGAGGCUCGAGACAGUUGUGCCGCCCGGUGGGUUCGACGGCGUCUUCGGCACGAUGCGCGCCAUCGUCGUGCAGGAGGGGUCCAGGCCGGCACGCGGAAAGGCUGUGGCCCCGAAGGGCGGCGCGAAGGGCAAGACGAGGGUGGCCGAGACGGUGUACCGGCGCGGUCAGGGGCUCGAGGGGCUGUGGAGGGGGUGGAAGGUCAGCUGGUGGGGCAUUGUCGGGCUGUGGACGGCAGGCGUCCUCGGAGGCGGUGGGGACGGGGAGUUCUAAACCCCGCCCCCUUUGCGCGACCGUGUGUCGGUGCGCUUGUGAUAUGAUUUCCGGGUUUUCCGGGCCGGUUCUUCGGCGUUAGGGUUGCUUCUGAUUCCCCGCUCACGAUGGUUAUGAUAUCCCCAGGUUGGCACUCUACUGAAGCUUUUCUGUACCAAAAUAUCGACGUUGACUUUGUUAGAUUGGUGGUAAUAUAGAGAAUUGUCUGUCAUUCAGCUAUUAAGCUUUGCACCUCAUGUCUAGAAUAUAUGGAGUCAGGGUUAACUACGAGACGAACUCCCUGUCCUUGAUCCCAAUGAAACUUUGAGCUAGCCGACACACUGCACCUUUGUAACCUUCCCGAACUGUAAAUCGGGAUGCUUUUCGUGCGGAGCACCUGCGGCAAUGAUCCUGAGGGUCGGAGAUACAAAAGGUUUUAGGUAGGG